UUCAUGUGCACUGCGCCUUUAAGCGCUCCGAUGCGCUCGCGCACACUGAGGGAAGUAGCGCGGCGCUGGCGUAGCCAACAUGGCCCCCGAGCAGCCGCCGCUUCUCUCCGCUAUGAAGAGACGAACUCACUCUCCUUCUCCGCCGCCACCGGACACCGUCAGCCCAAACCAGGGCGUCGCUGGUGAAAGAGGAGGGUAGACCUCCCCAUGUCAGGCCCGUCUCUGUCAGCCAAAGCCACGUUCAGCCGUGUGACAAAGAGGGGCGCGAGCCCGGGUGUCGGCGGCGGCGGAACCAUGAGCAAGGAUUAUUCCAUUAAUCUGUCCGUGCAGCGAGUGCUGAGUCUGUGGGUACAAGGCACCGUGCCCACACUGCAGCACUUCACAGAGAUGUGGUAUUGGGUGUUCCUGUGGUGUCUCUUCUCCUCGCUGUUUGUUCACAGCGCCGUGGGGCUGCUCAUGUGUGUGAUGCUGCAGAGGCACAAGCGCGGCCGCCUCAUCACGCUGGUGCUGAUCAGUGCCGGCUUUCUGGCCUCCAUCAUCGGAGGCGUCCUCACCAGUGCAGUGGUGGCCUGGGUGUACCGUGUCGCAGGAAAGGACAUGGCUCCUCUGGAGGCUCUGGUGUUUGGGGUGGGUCAGACCACUCUCACAAUCCUGAUCUCCCUCUCCCGCAUCCUGGCCACUUUGUGACUGGACCUGGUGAAAGAGGUGGCUGAAGACGUGAGGGAUGGAACUAAGGUUCCUGGAGGUGGCCUGGUUGCUGGAGGUACGAGGUUUUGCUUUCUUGUGGUCGGCAGUUCAGGCCACAGAAAAUGCUGAGAAAGGUGUUUUAGGUUCCACUGCAAUCACCAGAUGGACCUCCGCCCAAGUCCCGCUGGAUCAUAAACUGCACUUUGGUGGUCGCUGCACCACCGACUGACAGAAAACAGAUAACAGGAAGCCACACUGACUGUCUUCAGAAGUUUGUCCUUCUAUGUUUAUUUCUUCAUUACACUUCUGGGAAGUGUUUUCUGUCAGUCCUGUAUUGUUCAGCGUGUUCAGCACUCAGCUGUAACUCCAGAGGUCCAGCAAGAGGUUUCAGCACACACCACCUCCACACUCCCCACAUUACAGACUGAAUAUCUUUAACCCUUUCUGUUUGUCUGAUGUUUCCGUGUUGCAGCAGUAUAUCAGUAUGGAUGCUCUCACUACACAGUAUAACUCACCUUCUCUAGGUUAACAUGCCUGACAUCUGUGCAGGAGUUCCAUCCAAGAUAAUCCAGAUUACUGAAUAGUUUCUGAAUAUUUAUCAAACAUAUUUAAUUCUUUACCAUGGACUGCAGUGAUUUGAGAUGUUUCAAGUGAAGGAUGACUCUACAGUUAAGGUUUGACUCAGAGUUUAGAUGCUUCUUCAUCAUUUCUUUCAGCUCCUGCAGUGUUAUUACUGAACCUCCAGCAUCACGUCCACCCUGUUUACAGCCUGUUAACAGCUCAGAUAAUGUCAUCAUGAUUUUUUAUUUACCACAGAGGUUCCAGAUAGGAGAGUGCUGUUGUUGGGUUUGUGUGAAAUCUGUGUGUUUCUCAGAGUAGGUUUUAAUAAUUUUUCAAUAUCAAUCCCAUGAGGCUCUGUUGCAUGUAGACUUACUUUGCCUUUGUACCUCAGGCCUUAAGCACACUGGGUUUAUAGGGAAGAGUGUGAAUGUGCUGCACUGCUGCUUCACUGCUUCCUGUAGGUUCCUGUGCACCUUCUGUCCACACACAUGGAUGGAACUUCAUCCUUCACCCUCCUGAAGAUCAGAACAUUCAUGGUUAUUCACUUUGCUAUAGAGGUCACUGGUCCUGGAAAUGCCAGAGGUAACGUGUCUGCUCCUUCCUGUCGAGCGUUAUACAGCUUAAAUGACCUUGAGCUUAAGUUCAGCACCGAUGAACUUGUGGUCCCCUGAUGCUCGAGCCACCGCAGGAACAUUGGAAUAAAAUCAGAGUCGGCAGAACCUGAACGUGAAAUGCUUAGCAGAAGAAAUGGAUGACACUAAUGCUGAAACAGUUCAAGUAGAAAGCUGCAGUCUACAAGACUAGUUUAAUAAAAAGGGGCAGAUUAGGGCAUUAAUCAGAGUCUAGAGCAGCAGUUUUCCUCACAUGCCUCUGGAAAUUACCGUCAAAACCUCAUUACACCUUAACCUUUUUUUCCCUGGCAUUCAGGUUGAGCAUCUGCUGACUCUCAUGUUUUAUUGCAUAAAGUUGUAGCAUAUUAGUCAGGAUUAGGAAGUGUUGUUAAGUUUUUUUUAUCUAAAAGUUGAUUCCAGUCUUGAGCUCUGGACCUGUUAGUUGAUAGUUUGGGUAGAAGGACAGAUAGAAUGUGUGUCUGUCUGAGUGAACCCACUUGAUUUUAUCAGCUAGUGUCUAAUAGGGCACAAGAGCACAUUCAUUCAAACCUGUUUUCUUACAGCAUUUCUGCAGUUUCAAGCCUUGUGUCUGGUGCCAUGUUGUUUACAGCACUACUUUGCUGCUAAUUCUGUAGGGAUUUGCAGCAGUUCCUGGUGGUUUUAAUGUCUCUAGAUUAACAGGAUUAGAUGAACACUUUAUUUAUCAGCUGUUUUUAAGAAAGCAAAUGAAAGAGGUGCAGUUUCUAUUAAUGGAUCUGUUCAGUAUUUCCACCAGUUCCUGUUUUACUCAGAAUUAUUGAAUUAUUAAACAUUGAUUUGUGUCACAGAUUUACAGCUAGAGAUGAUCAUCUCCGACUUUCAUGAAGCAAAAGUCUUCCCUGAAGCUUUAGCUGUUUGUACUGUUUCUCCUGCAGGUCUGCAAACUGAUUUUCUUUGACAUGUUGCUUUUAAAAUUGUUCUUUAGCAGACCUUUCCCGUUAUUUCUGAUUGUGAAAGACCAGACAGAUUCAGCAGCAGUAUGAAAGCCAUUCUUUUAUUAUAUCUAUAGUAAUGGGUUAUUGUUCAGCAUCAGUAACAGAUCUAUCCACUAGAUGGCGCAGAUGUAAAUAGCGAAGAAGCCAGUGAUUAUAAAUAUAGAGCAGGAGAGAGAGAGAGAGAGAGAGAGAGAGAGAGAGACUAAUUCUACAAAUUCUUCUAACUGAUAUAAAAGUAUCCAGUAUUCCUCCUUCUCUAAAGCGACACUGCGCAUCACUACAUCAUUAAAGGUUUGUGUUUGUGUUCAUCCCCAGAUAGCAAAUUUGAAAACUAUCUUUAAAUACAGGAAGACUCUACAGCAGACUCUUCUGUUAGAAAUGUAAAUACACAAUCCUGCAUAAUGUUAGUUAUUAUAUAUACAUGUAUAUAUAUAUAUAUAUAUACAGUAUAUAUAAAUAUGUUUUGUAUCUAAAUCUACACCCAGAUCACCACAGGCCUGCUGGAUUUACAGCUUUCAGUUAGAGACAUCAACUCCAUAGCAUCCAUAUUUCAGGAGGAAGUAAGUGUGUUUACAGAAACUGUUUGAAGUAAGAAAGCUUCCUUAACAAACCUGAACCUCAGACCUCCAGCUCAAAAGAAAGCAAGCAUAAGAGGUUAUUAGGAGGUUAUUUCCUUAAGUGGAUUGUUGUUGUUUUUUGCUGAAUCUCUCCUGUACUGAAGUACCAAGAAGGCUGUUCAGUCACUAUUCUGAUCUUGUGAAAUGUUGUACCACUUUGACCUACACAAGUGUCUUAUAUGUCUUUGAGCUCUGUGACUACACACAGAAAAUGAAACUGGAACGGAUUCAGGAGGAUCCUCCUCAGCCAGUUCUGUACAGAACAAGGGCGUGGCUUAUGUAGAUAGUGUAUGAUAAGGUUCUUUUUUAAAAAUUUUGUAUCAGCAGACAGCUGGGGUUUAUAACAUGGCUAUUAUUGUAAAAAAAAAAAAAAAAAAAAAAAAAAGCUUUUCUGUAAAUAAUCUACUGACAUUUUAAAUAAACCAAUUUGUAAUAAAACUUAAUCAGUGUAGCAACCCUGUGGUCAUUUACACACACACAAGCGGUUGAAUCGUACGUGAAUCUGAUGGAGUGUGAUGUGCCUCCUGAACCUCUGAGGAAAAGUUUCCUCAUGUAGCAGGUUUAACAGCAAGGCAAAAAUCAUUCCCAUGUCCUCCCUCACUGCGUCCAGCUCCACCUCCAGUUUAAACACACAGUCUUGAUCUGGAAUUCAGACAUAACCUUUAGUCCAUAUUAAAUUUCAGCUCCUGCAUCAUUUCAUGGCUUUUGCACUGAAACUCUUACCUGCUCAUUUCUUUGAGUGCAGGUUUUUAUAUAGAUUGUUAAAGACUGUUGAAUUUUACUCAAAGCAUGAGACUAGCAUGCUUAUGGAGAAAGAGAGAGUGUAGGGGAGUGUAUGGAUGCUGGUGGUGGCAUCAUGUGAGGCUCUGGUGCACUUCGGGAAAUAAAUAAACUGUAUAAGGAAGGACGAUUAUCGCUACUGAAACAAAAGGGAACAUUUUCCACCAGGGGGCGCUAGUAUCCCCAACAUAGGAAAUCAUUCACUAAGACGAACAAGACCCUAACCGGAGGACUUAAGACAUUGAUAUUGAUGAAUCAAAACAUCAGUAAAACAAAUCCCGAGUUUUAACAUUAAAGCCAUCAGUAAGAAGCAGAGGAUGUCUGUAAGCUGAUGGGUGUGUGAGAGGAAAUAGAGGUUAGAGGUGUUAGAUGUAUUCCUUUGUCUUUACAGUAAGAAUACAUGAUGUAAGGUGUAGUAAUGAUACCCUUUAAGUGUUCAAUGGUCAGUGUUUGUGUCCUGAUCAACCUGAUGAUGUGUAACCUUUACAUACUAUAUCAUUACAGUAAAAUUUGCAUGAACCAUAAAGAACAAUGGCAAAAUAAAAGGAAAACCUCAUCUUUUCUGGUCCGAUUCCGCCAUAUUUAUGAUUGGACUUUCACAUACUUGCAGUCCUGUUUGUUUUCACUGUCAAUAAAGCAGGCCUGUCAAUCAAACAUGAUUAUUCUGCGAGAAAUGAUGAAAUCAGUUAGUCUCUGUUCUGCCAGCCAUGUUGAGGACACUUCACGCCACAUGUUCUUACAGACAACUUCAUUAAUAAACUCUCUCUGUCACAGAUCACUUCAAAUCAAGAGAAAGUGCAGCGUCUUUGACCUGGAGAACAAGUUUUGGAAUUUUGCUGGUGUUUUAACCCAUAAAGUAUUGAAUGUCUUCUGUAAUUCAGUGAUACCAGGAGCCUGGUAUUAUAGCACUAAAGGACUAUUCUUCUGUAUAUAAACCCCAUAUUCUGUCUGUGUAGAAUGGUUAUACACUGCAUUUAAACCUCAGGAAUCAGAAAAUAUCCCUGUCCCUCCAGGACAACUAUGAGACAAUAAGUUAUCACAUCUCGUUUUAUAUAAUCAAAGACAUUUUCCUGUCAAAAACAUCAAAUAAAAAAAGUACAGUUCAGUACUCAUUACAGUUCAGUACUCAUUACAGUUCAGUGCUCAUUACAGUUCAGUGCUCAUUACAGUUCAGUAGACAUUACAAUUCAGUAGACAUUACAAUUCAGUACUCAUCAGAAUUCAGUACUCAUUACAGUUCAAUACUCAUUACAGAUUAGUGCUGAUAACAAUUCAGUACUC